AUGGCCAAGAGGAGUAAGAGCCAGGAUCCGAAGCCUCCUCAUCCAACCUCUUCGAAGGGUAAAGAGCGUGCUGGUAGCGCUUCUCUUUGCGGUAGUUUUCGAAAACUUUUUCGGGCAUCAUCGUCUAAACACCGUCUUUCUACCUCUCCCUCCCCCUCCACCUCCACCCCUCUCAACGAAUCAAAACGCGAUCGACAUGGCCUCGCAAAAUGUCCCUUGUCCUUCCUCGCCAACUGUCGCGCCUUGUGUUGCUGCUGUUGUUGCUGCUGUCCGACGAACUCGCCUCCCCUGGACGAUCUUGAUCGUCGUCACCAACGUCGUUGCUGGUGCUGUUGUCGACGACCGAAAAAAGCUCUUCGCGUCUCAACCUCGGAGCCGCCGCCGGCCAAAGUGAGGUUCGAUGAUCGACGUCUGGAGGCGUCGUGUCCCCCGGAAGCCAGUCCUGUUGUCCGACGACUUCGCUUUGAAGAUGAUGAGAUUAGCUCCAGGGAUGGGGCUGCAGCUUGUCGGACUGACGACGCGGAGUUGGAAGUAACACGAGUCGAUCCAGUGAUGCUGGACGGAAUACAACGGCAUGACUUUGCAGCCGACGAAGACGAACACAGCGCGUCAACAGCUACCGUUGUCAUGGAUCCUCAGGUGGUCCACUUUAUGACACACCUUCCUGAUGACCUCCUGCGAUUCCAGUUGCCUAGGGCUGUCUUCAAUCCUCCACUUAAAGCCACUCGGGUGUUAUUCAUCGUGCAAAACACGGUAGACACCAUCCAGUCUUCAGUUGAGAAUGAUGAAAGCUCAAGUGACAGAUCCUUGGACGAACAACUUCCGAGCUCAGAACCAACGGCCUUCGACAACGGGUCCCUUCAAGAAUUCGAAACUCCUGAGUACCUCAAACUUGAGCCUUUUGUACAUCCCAUCCAUGUUCGAUAUCGCACAGUCAUUCCUUCUACUCCACCAAUCGUGGUCUCAAUUCCACCCAAUCACAAGUCAGUAUCUACCAUAUCUCACGUCAGGGAAGAGUACCAAUCGAAUUUAGCCACAUGGGCCAAUCAGAUUCCAACACACAUAGGCCCAUACACUCUUGACCAAUGGACCACCGAAUCGCAAGUAAGAUCUGAGUUGCCUUUGAAGGUGGAUGACCGAGGUGUCGAAAUUGUUUACACAUGUCUCGACGAGCCAAAGUCCGUUGGUGAUGGAGAAUCGACUACAUCGGUGUCGGAAGCGGACACGGAAGGUGAAUUAUCAGCGAGCGAUAGGAAGGAGCACACAUCUUCUUCGACGGCAUCAGAGACAUCGUUCAUGUCGGCGGAACAAGAUGAUACAAUGGAUGAGGACGAGUACUUUGACCCAGAAAGCCGCAAUUUUAAUCCAGGAAUUGAAGAAAUGAUUCAGGGCAUUGCGACUGAUGCAGUAACACAAAAUGUGGAAUCUGAGAGACCUCGACUUGAUCUGCUGUCACAGAGGCAACCAAUGAGAGAAGAGCACAAUGUUGGGCAAUCAGAGUCGGCUUUGCAGUACAAAGAAACAGUGCCAUCUCAAAAGGCACUCAGUGUUGACGAAAAGAGAGAAGCUGGAUCUUCAGAGAUCUCGAAUGCUUUCGACAGAAGCGUUGGCACAGCGUUAUACGCAGACGUCUUUGACGAUUUCGUCAUGGAUCAGGUGAAUACCGAUUCCUGUGGCAAAGAAGAGGUUAGGGAAGUGUCUCUACUUCCCGAGGAAAUGCAAGAUGAGUACGAGACACCAACGAAUGGAUCUGAAGAAUCAACAGCUUCGGAUCAUGAGCGUAUAGUCGGUGCAGAAGUCAUACAAGUCGACGACGACAAAGACAAGUUAAAGUUCGAAACAUUGGUAAAUUCUGAUUCUACGUUGGACUCGGUGCUUCAGAAGCAGGUAAUCGUGGAACCGACCCUUCAACUGCAGUCACAACGACAGCCAAUGACAGAUGAGCACAAAAUCGGACAAUCAGAAUCGGUUUCGCAGUAUGAAGAAACACCAUCGUCUCAGAAGGCUUCCAGCCUUGACGAGAAGCAAAGGGCUGGAUCUUCGGAGAAAUCGAGUGCCUUCGACAGGAGCGCCGAUGCGGCCUCAUCUUCAAAAGUCCACAACGAUGGAGUCGUGGGUCAGGAAAAUUCCGAAUUCGUUGAAGAAGUAAAAUUUGUCAGAGAGGAAGCAAAGGCCACGCAAGAAGUGUCCUCGUUGUACCAGGAAAUGUCAAACAAGGAAGACGAGAAACAAAAGGCUGGAUCUUCAGAGAAAUCGGGUGCCUUUGAUAGGAGCGAGAACACGGCUCCAUCUACUGACGUCUACAACGAUGCCGUUGACAGUCGAGUAAGUUCAAAAUUAUUUGAUAAAGGAGCAUACGAAAAAGACGCUACAAGCGAUAUGCAGGAGUCUUUGAAACUCUGUCAAGGGACGCAUACCAGCUCAGAGACAGGAGUGCCUGAAAAAGACGAAGUAGAGGCCGUAGAGCAAUUACCUGACGUUUGUGCACCUGGCGGAGAUGCUAUGGAAAGACAAGACAAGCUUGAAUUCGAAACACCGUCGACUCCUGAUUCUUCGAUCCUCAAUCAGGUGACCGAGGAACCAAUGCAUUUACAGCAGCCACAGAGACAACCAAUGACAGACAAGCAUAAUGUCGGAGUGUCUGAUAAUGAUGAACUGGUGAAAAACCUCAAAUUUGGACAAAUUUGCGAUUUCGGAACUGACGGACUGUUUGAAUUCAAUGAAUGCUCUGUUGAAAGUGCUGGCCUUGUCACGGUGCCAUUUUGUGGUCACUGGCAAGCUGGAUCUUGUGUGAUUGCUGGUUCCUUCGAUGCACUUCCACAUGACCAAGUUUGUGCCGUUUGUGGAGUCAUUCUUGACUCCACUGAUUUCAGAAUCUGCGACUUUGUCAAGCCGCAGGUUCUCACCACACUUGGAAUGCCGAAAGAAUCCGAUGCUGAAGUUGCCAAAACGUUUUCUCCUAACGUUGAACUACUUGUGGAGCACACGGACGACAUUCAGACAGAUGUUGGCUUGUCAGCGUCCAUUUAUCACCUGGAGCAGAUGAAGGAUUUUGGCGAAAACGCAGACGAAGAGGAAAUGGAACCCAUGCAUCUCCAGUUAGUGAACCAUUCGACUAAAGUUUGUCUUCCGGAGGCAGUCGAGUUCCACGUCUUCGAACAGCCAUUCCAUUUGCGCCAAAAGGACGCUUCAAUUUUGGUACAAGUUGCUAAGGCCUGUCGACAAACCGUUGAAACUCGUCUGAUCACCAUUCCCGCUGAAACCGUCUUUGCAGCAGACCGUCUCAAUGUUGAACAACACACACGUGCUGUUGCAGACGAAAUUGUGGAGCCAUCAGUCGAAGAUGAAUCGAUGAGCGGCGUUCGUCAGCAGUCCAUUCAACUGCGUAGACAGUCAACUCAUUUCUCCCUUGACAUCGACGCCUUCGACAUUUCCAAAUGCCUCUUCAACGAUUGGCUGAAUAGGCAAAAUGACCAUCGAAGCUACUACGCGUCUUUCUCAAUCGACGCCGCGACACGUCGCGCGUCCAGUCCAGAUCUGCUAGACGUCCAAGAAGACGACGCCGUGGCUUGUCUGGACUCGGACAAUCCUGAUCGCUGGGUUGUGGCGACCUCAGCGACAGCCACGGGUCGACUCGGGGCUGUCUGUCUACUGGAAAGACCGGUCAGUCACUACAAACAGUCCACUGGAACCGGCGGAAAAGGCACCAAUCCACGAGAGCAGUUCCGUGAGGAGGUCCUCACCAUCUCCAACAAGCAGCAGGAGUCGCUCAUGAAACGAAGACACGCUUUAACAGAUUUGAUGGAGGAAGAAGAGGGUUACCUGUUGCGCAUUAAAAUGCUACGCAACAUUCUCGGCCAAUUGGAUGGAACUCACUUCAAGGACGAACAGAGAAGCUCGUUGCCACCCGAAAUGAAGGAGGCAGUCUCGGGAAUGCUGCCUCAUCUUGAUAGCAUUAUUCAUCUCUCAGAGAGGUGGAUGCAAUCCUUCAAAACCAUUUGCGAUGACAAACUGAACAGCCUCUUUGGCAUGACGUCUGAUGAUGCAGAUGAGGAGCAAAAAAUCGAUUCUCAACACCUUUUGGAGUACCUGUUUGCUCCCAGAACCCACUUCUACGCCUACGAACACCUGUUGGGUUGUCUGGCUCGUUACACGAGCAGAGCCGGACAGGAGACCAGAGCGCUGGAAUGCGCAAUGACGAUGCUAAGGAGGCUUCAAAGACGAGCGACAGAAGCCCAGCAACUGUGGGCGUUUGUGUCCAACAUUCCAUCAGACGGUUCGCUUGGGACGCUACCGUCUUCCAGUGGAAGUUGCGUGGUCAGCCAACUGCCUCAACCAAUCACGCGAAUGACUCUGCUGAAAGGGAGUCGAGAUGGAACGGACGAUUCAAACAUCGACGAGGGAUUUCUCAUUUUAAAUCCGGAUAAUCUCAUCUUCAUUUCAAACCCGCCCUUAGAUAAAACAAAACAUGAGAUUGCCUGGAUACUACCGCUGUCUAGUGUUCGUAUACAACCGGGAGACGGGACAUCAAACGCCACCGAUUUCGAGAUUUGGAACAUCGCUGACGAUACGGAUCCAAUCAAACCGGUCUUCACCAUAUCUACGCCGAAUGCGGUCAGUCGCCAGGCGUGGUUAGAAGAUAUCGGGCGAGCUUUAAGGAAUAAAGGUGAGGUUCUUUUUCUGAACACAGGCGACCUUGAACGACCUUGGCGAUAA